CGGAGAGCGCAUCGGAUCGUCGUCGUCGCGUCGGGCGACGUCGCGACGCAGCUUUAAUCGGUGAGUGCGGUCGCGAUUAGCCUCGUAUCAUAACAUUAGUCGACCGCACGUAACGGAGGUUUGUCAUCCGCGUCGGCGGCUCGCUGUAGGUAAACACAUAUCGCAGGAGAUUUGCUUGGUCAAAACACAACCCGGCGAAGCGACUGCAAUGCGACUGUCUCGGCCGUUGAUUGCGUCGCGGUUGUCUUAACCUAUAAUCUUAACCGGCAUGCUUAUUUACAUACGCCACGGCACGAGACGUUGAUCACUCUAAAACACGAGCACAUCUCGUUUCUCAUACGAAAUGGGAAAGCGGACCAAGGUACAGGUUAGAACGGAGUAACGAUGCAUCGCCGCGGCGCGGCGGGGCGGCGAGUGGUACACGAAGUUGGUCGCGCAAUCCGAAUUUUCAACGCCGCCGCAAGUAUCGAACGGGCCGGAACGUGGAUCAUACGACUCUUCGCGUUGUUCCCUCGUCUCGGUGUAAUAAAACGGAGAGCGGAUCAGAUCGUCGUCGUUUCGCCGGGCGACGUCGCGACGCAGCUUAAUUGGUGAGUGCGAUUGUGAGUAGCCUCGUAAUGCUUCGUAUCAUAACAUUGUUCGACCGGAGGUUCAUCGUUCGCAUCGGCGCGGCGCGGCGGCUCGCUGUAAACAUAAACACAUAUACCGCAUACGGGAGAUUCACUCGGUCAGAACCCAGCCCGACGAAGCGACGGCAACAUGACCGUCGGUCGUCGACAUGUCUCGUUUCUUAUCCGAGGCGCGAAAAGCAGACAAAAGUACAGGUUAGAAGGUACGGAGUAAUGAUGCAUCGCCGCGACGGCGGGUGGUGCAUGAAGUUGGUCGCGCGAUACGAAUUCUCGACGCCGCCGCAAGUAUCGAACGGGCCGUAACGUCGAUCGUAUGACUCUUCGUGUUGCUCCCUCGUCUCUGUGUAAUAAAGCGGAGAGCAGAUCGGAUCGUCGCCGUUGUGCCGGGCUACGUCGCGACGCGACUUCAAUUGCAUGGCGAGUGCGAUUGUGAGUAGCCUCGUAUCAUAGCAUUAGUCGAGCGCGCGUAACGGAGGUCCAUUGUUCGCAUCGGCGCGGCGCGGCGCGGCGCGGCGGCGACUCGCUGUAAACAUAAACAUAAACACAUGUACCGCAUGCAGGAGAUUCGCUCGGUCAAAACUCAACCCGGCGAAGCGACGGCAACGCGAUCGUCGACCGUCGUCGACCGUCGGCCGUCGGCCGUCGGCACAUCUCGUUUCUUAUCCGAAGCGUGGAAAGCGGACAAGAGUAUAGGUUAGAACGGAGCGACGAUGCAUCGCUGCGGCGAGGCGGGUGGUGCGUGACCGUGCGAUCUUCGAAUUCCCAAGCGCUGCCGCAAGUACGGCAAGUACGUCAACGCAUCGUAACGUCGAUCGUAUGAUUUUUCGCGUUGCUCUCUCGUCUCGGGGUAUUAAAGUGCGCGAUUAGCGUCGGCAGUGCCGUGCAAAGUGCGCGAUUAAUGUCAAGAGAGCUGUGCAAAGUGCCGCGCCGAUCGUCAUAUUCCACUAAUGAGUACACGCGAACGUGAUCGCAAUUUAACCAAGUCGCGAGUGUGUGUUAGUGUGAGGAUUGAGCCACUCUACCAUGAGGGAACUACCAGGAAGGAGCGUGAGAGGAGGAGCAGGCCCAGGAGGCAUCAAGCGACGGCGGAGCAACCGCAGGAUCAACGUGACAACGUUCGCAAACUACAACUCCGCCGCAUCGUACCGUUAUCCGUCCUGCAGCGGGGCGAGAGCACCCGGUUUAGCGGCGGACAUGCACUUCCGGGACAACGUGAUCGCAUUCAUCGGGCCGGCCUGCGCCUUCGCCCUGGAACCGGUGGCACGUCUCGCGGCCUACUGGAAUACUCCAAUUAUCACUGGCAUGGGUGAUCAACCUCCCUCGCAGGGCGAACUGUCAGUCACAUCUGGCAUUCUUGGAAGGAUCCAUAAAUGGAAGAACGAAACGGGAAUUUUUAAAGACAAAAGCAAGUAUCCCACUUUAACGAGGAUGUCGUACUGCCAGUGCCGAUUGCGACUCGUCUUCGCCAGCGUGUUCAAGGAGUUCGGCUGGUCCCACGUCGCGCUGAUACUGGACAGGUCGGAUCUGUUCUCGCUGACGGUAGGAAAGAAUCUGGAGUACGGCCUGCGUAAGGACGGACUCCUGAAGUUCGUGAGGGAGUUGGACGGGAACUCCGAGGACGAGUCGUAUCACCUCUAUCUGCGCGACGCGAGUAUGUACGCCAGAAUCGUGAUACUCAGCGUUCGCGGAACACUAGUCAGGAAAUUUAUGCUGGCCGCCCACGAAUUAGGCAUGACGAGAGGGGACUGGGCUUUCCUCGACGUCGAGAUAUUUCACGGUUCCUACUGGGGUGAUCACGACUGGGAGGUCGGGGACGAGGACGACGCUAAUGCCAGGAAGGCCUACGAGGCACUGCUGAGGGUGUCUCUUCUCCAGCCGACCAGCCCGCGAUUCCAGGGUUUCGCCGACAGAGUCAGGCAUCGCGCGCAAACCGAUUACAAUUACACGUUUCUGGAGGGUGAAGAAGUGAACUUCUUCGUCGGAGCAUUUUACGACGGGGUUUACUUGUUAGGAAUCGCGCUGAACGAGACUCUGGCCAAGGGCGGCGAUAUCAGGGACGGCAUAUCUAUAACGAGGAGAAUGUGGGAUCGAAACUUCAUGGGUAUUACGGGUCACGUCAGGAUAGACGACAAUGGGGAUCGUGACGCGGAUUACAGCAUCCUUGAUUUAGAUCCCAUUACCGGAAGGUUUGAAGUGGUCUCUCAUUAUUUGGGAUUAAAUCGAGAAUACAAUCCUGUGCCUGGCAAGAGGAUCCACUGGCCGGGAGGAAGGGAAGGACCCCCGCCAGAUAUUCCGGAGUGCGGUUUUCUAGGAAAUGAUCCGGAUUGCACAUCGAGGAGAGACGCUUACACGUUUGUAGCUUACACGGGCAUAGCGCUCGCCGUGUUUCUGCUCGCUGCGAUUACAGCCGCGUGUCUUUUAUACAGGCAUUUGCGAUUGUCCGCCGAUCUCAAUAACAUGUCCUGGCGUGUAAGACCCGAGGAGUUGCUUCUGGAAGUCGGGAAACAGUUCUCGUCGAAGAUAAAUCUGCAUCAAGCGAUGUCCGACGCAAACAAUUACGGACUGGAACAGAGGAUACGUCGCGGUUCGCAGAUCAGUUGCGAGUCUCUGCCGCCUACGACGGUCUUCACUACUAUCGGGAUAUACAAGGGCGAGAGAGUGGCUAUAAAGAAAAUCACGAAGAAGAAAGUGGUCGACGUAACAAAGAAGUUGCUCUGGGAAAUCAAGCAGGUCAGAGACGUGGCAUCGGAGAACACAGUGAGAUUUAUCGGGGCUUGCCUCUGCUCGCCGUCACCGACUGUCUUGAUCCUUACCGAAUACUGCCCCCGAGGAUCGUUGAAGGACGUUUUAGAAAACGAGGCGAUUAAGCUGGAUUGGAAUUUUCGGAUGUCCCUAAUUCACGAUAUCGCUAAGGGAAUGUCGUAUCUUCACGCCAGCGAGGUUUCAGCUCAUGGAAAAUUACGAUCGUGCAAUUGCCUGAUCGACGGUCGCUUCGUAUUAAAAAUCUCGGACUUUGGCCUCAAAACUCUCACCACGCCCUCCGACUUGAUUAUGGACGAGAGCUAUUACACCAAAUUACUUUGGAUUGCCCCGGAACUUGUGCCAUUGACGGUAACACCCGGAAGCGCCGCGACGCAGAAGGGCGAUGUUUACAGCUUCGCGAUUAUCCUGGAAGAGAUAGUGGUCCGCGGUGGUCCGUACGAGGUAGCCAGAACCUUUAUGACGGCGCAAGAGAUCGUGAACAGGGUAUCGGCAUCGGAGAAUCCCCCCUUGAGACCGGAAGUCGCGCCAAAGGACUGUCCGCCGGAUAUACUGUCGUUGAUGGAGAGGUGCUGGCACGAAGUCCCCGACGAACGGCCCAGUUUCCACGCGAUUCGCGGCACGAUACGAGGAAUCAUGAAGGGAUAUUGCGAGAAUUUGAUGGACGAUCUGCUACGACGGAUGGAGCAGUACGCCAACAACUUGGAGGCCCUCGUUGAAGAGAAAACCGAACAGUUGAGCUUAGAGAAACGUCGCAGCGAGGAACUGCUGUAUCAAGUGCUCCCGAGGCAAGUCGCCGGUCAGCUAAUGGCUGGGGAGAUGGUGCAACCGGAGCAGUUCGAAUGCGUCACCAUCUACUUCAGCGAUAUCGUCGGUUUCACGGCGUUAUGCGCACAGAGCACGCCGAUGGAAGUCGUGGACUUUCUGAACGAUUUGUACAGUACCUUCGACAGUAUUAUCGGAUUCUACGACGUUUACAAGGUGGAGACUAUAGGAGACGCGUAUAUGGUGGCGUCGGGUCUUCCGGAGAGAAACGGUGAUGAACACGCGAGGGAGAUUGGACUGAUGGCUCUAGCGAUAUUGGACGCCGUCAGAUCGUUCACCAUAAUGCACAAGCAGAACACUCAAUUGAGCGUGCGGAUCGGCGUGCACAGCGGUCCGGUUUGCGCCGGGGUGGUGGGUCAGAGGAUGCCGCACUAUUGCCUGUUUGGCGACACCGUGAACACGGCGUCUCGAAUGGAAUCCUCCGGCCUUCCUUUGAGAAUACACGUCUCCGAGGCGGCGAAGAAUAUCCUAGACAAGUUCGGGACGUUCGACCUCGAGCUCAGAGGGGAGGUGGAACUGAAGGGAAAGGGUAGGGUGAUAUCUUACUGGUUGACCGGUUGCUCGGAGCCUGACUCCAGGUUGGCCGUGCCGAGGUAUCGCAGGCUCAGCAGCAGUCUACCUGAAAAUAAUUUGAAUCCACUAAUCUUUCCGCCCAAUAACACGAACGGCCCGAAAACCAGCAACAACACCUUCAUCAACUUGGCGGAAUUAUAAAUGUAGUUAGCUCGUUAGAGUACGACGAGGAGGUUGUAAUUUGGAAGUGUAGAGAAGAGAGGAAUUUCUAAUGUGCCACACUUAAGGUAUAAACAUAUGUGCAAAAAUUAGGAAUCCGUAAGAAUGGUCGUAGAGGCGCUAUUUUCUUUUUCGUUUUUUUGGUUUUCCGUUCUUCGAUGUGUAAAACCGACUUAACGCUACAUCAAUGUGAAUUGGAUGUAAUAAAGUAGUGGUAGUCUUAUUGCAAUUACAACUUUUAUUCGGAAUUUUACAUCAAUAGCAUCUUAUUUAUUUAAAUAAAACGAAGAACAAACCAUAGGCUCUUUGUGGACAGGGGUAUGUGUAUUAAAUUAAUAUUAGCUAAAGCGAUACUGAUCAUUUAGCUUUACCUUAGGGUACAAGCACAUUGCACAAUUGGUACGUACAAUAAUACAAUAAUUUAUCAUCUAACAAUAAUCUACAAUAAACUACUCUCUAGUCUUUAGUUUCUUCUUUUUCUUUUUAAUGUAAAAGUUCAGAUGUAAAAGGGGAAUAUAAAGCAAUUGAACCUAAUUUUCCUCAAUACUUAUGUAUUACUGUGCUUUUCAUCAUAUUCGUAUAUUAAUUUUAUACAAUAUUUAUCUUCGUCAACAUAUAUUUAAAUAUUACAAUGAUAUUAGCGUCUCUGAGUCUCCUUCUCUUGUUAUUAUCGUUAUCGUUAUCAUGAUCAAUAUCGCUACUGUAAAACGAUUAUAAAUCUCUGUGAUCUCUAUAUUCUUAUUUGUCAUUACGUCUAGCAGAUCUCGUCGAUCGAUUCCAUUUGUGACAAAAUCUUGACAAUAGAUAUUAUCGUUGUAAAACUACUUAGACGCCAGGAACAUUAUUAGUCUGCAAAACGAAAAAUUACACGUUGUACAUAUGAGUUGCACUUCCAUCGUGUAUUAUAUUGUAAUAAAGUAACUGCAGUAACUCUA